GUCAUCAAUCGCCUUCAUCUUGCUCAGCUAGCUUCUCAUCUGCUCAAUUGCUCUGAAUAAAUCUUUCCUUAGAACGCGCUCCUACUAUACUGCGGCGCAAUGGACGCACGCAAUGGCCACAGCAUCGGCUUGACUGACAUGAUUGAGCGCCUCGCUACUGAAGAUGUCAUACCCACGGCUGCUAGUGUGACCUUACAAGGCAAUACUAUCACUGGAUCCUCGCUUCGGCCUGUGCAGCACACGCCAAGCAAAUCUGCUCGGUUUGCGCCAGACUCUGCAUUUUCAACUCCACACAAGGAGACAGACGACCCAAGCUGGUCACGACGCGAUGUUCCGCUGACUCAAUCGGUCGACGGCACAUUAGAUAUGCGCUCUUCACCUAGGUAUCCCUCUGGAAUACAUUUGUCGCCAAGGCGCGCAAGUCGUGUAGCCUCUUCACGCAUUGACGAACACAUCUACUAUCGCGGCUUCCUUGAGGGCGCAUGCUCAGAUGUUGCCAUUACGGCGUUUGGCAAAACAUAUGCACUGCAUCGCAUCAUCCUCGAUCGGGCGCCCUUUUUCAACAUGAUGUUCUCUGGGCCUUGGAAAGAUGCUGAUUCGUCUGCCAUGGCACUUCAAUUUGACGACGAGAACAUCACGCGACCUGCAUUCGAGGCUGCCUUGGCUCGUGUCUACGGCAAAGAAACUAGUCCUGAGACGGUCGAUACACUCAGCCUUCUGGCAACAGCAGCGUACAUCGACUUAGAAGAGUUGCAAGAAGAAUGCACAGUCAGGCAACUACGUUCACUCAACACCUCUACAUUAGGCAAAGUUGUCUCUUUUGUGUCUGGUACAAGCGAUUAUGGCUCAGCCAGUGAGAGAUUGAGGGAGGCAUGCCGUGCUCUGCUUCUCCGGGAUGGCUACGAGAUGACGAUGGAAGAUUGGGAUGAGGUACCUGAUGGUCUUGCGGCAGACAUUUUAAUGCAUGAUGCCUUUUUCUGUCCAGCUGAAAUUGACCGCUACAAUGUGAUCGCUUCUCUCUUACGUCACCGCAAGACCAAGGGACAAGAUGUUUUUGUGUUUGAGCAGCUGCUGGCAAGCAAAAUUCACUACAUGCAUAUGACACAGUCUGAACUCAAGAAGAUCAAGUCAGAUGGACUCGUGGAUGAAAAUGUACUGUUCAAGGCGCUCUGGGACCAAGUGGAGCUCAAGGAAUACAUCACCAUUGGCAAUGGCCCUGUCCUUGGCAUCACGACCAAGGAAGAGACAGAGUAUCCUGUGCCUCGGGAUGAGACCUCUUACAUUGGAGAUCCAGCACUGACACCGACCUCUGCAAUCCACAGUCCGAGUGGCCCAUUGAAGCCAGCAGAGGCACACAGCCUCUUCCCACCUUUCCGCUUCUCGGCUGAGUUUGAACGUGUCGGCGACCUGAAGGAGGAUACACGCGUCUACAGUCACACCGUGUUUUAUGCCGGUAGCUACUGGAACAUUUACAUUCACAACAAAAUCCGAGCGCGCAAAGCACGACAACUUGGCGUAUAUCUACACCGAGUCGAAAUCAAGGCAGGCGAGGGCAAUGGCUUUGAACGAAGCUCUUUUGACUAUCAGCAAGAUUUGCAAGGGCAUGCAUACAUGGAUACUCACGUCACACCGAAUGGCUCACCUAUGAAGAAAGAUGCCCAAGGAAUUGCCUUGACCAUGCCAGAUGUGAAACGUCCCUACGUCGACAUGCGCAGCACCAUCUCAACAUUCUUCAAAAUUUACUGUCCAGCCCGCAAAGGUUCCGCUAAGAUUGGAGUGACUGAAUUCCAGUCUGCGCCUGAUGAGUUCAAUCGCAGCCAAUCUUGGGGCUGGAAAUCUCGUGGACUUUGUUCAUUUGAUGAUCGUGAAGGUGAAGGCGAAGACAUGGAGCAGAGCCCGCUCAAGUUCAUGGUCUGUCUUGGGCUUGUCUAG